AUGGUCAAUGCAGAACGGCUCAGGGAGGAGGGCGAUCAUCGGAGUCUUUGCUCCCGGCUGGCGGAUCUCGAAGAGCUCCUCGGUGUUGCUGAUGAGAAGCUGGAGGAGGUGGAGAGAACAGUAGAAGCGGCGAUCGGUCAUGCAGAGGAGUUCCUAGAGAUGUCCAAGGCGGCUGAGGAAGAGAGCAUUACAGCUUUGCAGGAAACCGAGCAGAAAGUUGUCUGA